CCGAUCGAUCUCGCGGAGUCUCGUCCAGUGCGAGAGUUAGGCAGUGCAAAAUAAUACUUGACCAACGAACGAACGUAUUUACGGUGUUUUAGUGCGUAACCUUCUUAUAAUAUAAAGCAGCCUAAACCAGUGAGGAGAGAUCACCGGUGUAUGGACAUAUAAGAAGUGUUACCCACGUGUUGUUUGGCCCCACAGUAAAAACCUACGAUCAUGAAAAUGGUUUUGUCACAGCGUCAAAGAGAGGAACUGAAUAAAGCCAUAGCUGACUAUCUAUGCAGCAAUGGCUAUAUGGAUGCACUGGAAGCCUUCAAGGCAGAGGCAGAUAUGCCAGGAGAGAUUGAAAGAAAAUAUUCAGGGCUCCUCGAAAAGAAAUGGUGCUCGGUUAUCAGACUCCAGAAAAAGGUAAUGGAAUUGGAAGUAAAGCUGAAUGAAGCUGAAAGGGAAUACAUUGCUGGUGCUCCUACUCGAGACAAACGAUCGCCAACAGAAUGGAUUCCACGACCCCCAGAGAAGUACAAUCUUACAGGACACAGGGCACCAGUUACCAGGGUAAUUUUCCACCCAAUGUAUUCAUUGAUGGUGUCUGCAAGUGAAGAUGGCACUAUCAAAUUGUGGGAUUAUGAAACUGGAGAUUAUGAAAAGACAUUAAAAGGUCACACUGACAGCAUUCAGGACAUAGCAUUUGACCAUAGUGGCAAGUUCCUAGUCUCAUGUAGUGCUGAUAUGUCAAUCAAGCUGUGGGACUUCUCAUCAUACGAAUGUGUCAAGACGAUGCACGGCCACGACCACAAUGUGUCCUCAGUCACCUUCAUGCCCUCUGGAGAUUACCUCCUUAGUUCAUCCAGAGACAAGACCAUUAAAAUGUGGGAGGUGGCCACAGGAUACUGUGUAAAGACGUUUACGGGACACCGAGAAUGGGUGAGGAUGGUACGAGUGUGCAGCGACGGUUCUCUCAUUGCCUCGUGCUCUAAUGACCAGACGGUGCGUGUCUGGCUCACCGCUUCCAAGGAAUGUAAGGCUGAACUGCGGGAACACGACCAUGUAGUAGAGUGCAUUGCGUGGUGCGAAGGCAAUGCAUGCACGGCUGUGAACGAUGCGGUUGCGACAGAUAACCGUAAACCCAACUACCAGGGCCCCUUCCUGAUAUCUGGGUCAAGAGACAAGACUAUCAAGGUAUGGGAUGUAGGUGUUGGCCUAUGCCUCUUCACACUUGUAGGACACGACAAUUGGGUGCGAGGCCUCCUGGUACACCCUGGUGGCAAAUACAUCCUCUCUGCCUCAGAUGACAAAACAGUUCGUGUGUGGGAUAUUAAGAAUAAGCGAUGCCAAAAGACUCUUGAUGCUCACUCUCAUUUCUGUACAUCAUUAGAUAUGCAUCGGAGUGCACCAUACGUUAUCACCGGAAGUGUGGAUCAAACCAUGAAGGUGUGGGAGUGCCGCUAAUGUGAGGGUGUGUGAGCAAGCCUCGCCCAUCCCUCCCAUCAACCUGUUGGUCACCCCUUCCCCCCUACUGCAUGCUGCCAUCGCUGCUACAGAUAUCGAUGCCGCUCCUCACCAGGUUGCUGCAACUCCCACUCUACCUACACCCAAGCUACUGCCUGUGAUCUACUCUCCUGCGGCUCUGCCACUCUCGUCUAUUCCUAGGUUUCUCGUGUGGCUGAUGGCAUGUUCCCUCACCGUAACAGGCUAUCUUAAAGGUAACCAGUGUGCAGUAAGAGGCAAGUGACACAAUGUGUGUGGGAGGAGAGACCCCCAGUAAUUUAUUAUUUUAAUUUAUUAUUAAUACCACGAAUGUAAUAAUGUGAGCACCACCCUCUUGGCAACAGUUAGGGCGUGGUUGCCAGAAGAUGGGGAAGCUCUAGGGUGUGUCCAGGGUGGGUAUAGAGCACCUGUGUAUAGCUGCUUUUGUAUUGCCUCUUAUUAUCAUGCACGCAUGUGACAGCUGAGGCAGUGAGCUGCAGAGAGGGCCUGAAGGACGGAGUGAGACGUCCAACCUAGUGAUGUGUUGGUAAUCGUUCAUUGUUUAUACGCCAAAGAAGAGUAGAGGUGUUUCUUCAAAACCCGUGAAUAUUUAACUUGAAGCUCACUUGUAUUUCAGGUGUUACCUGUGAUGAUUCAUUCCCAGGUGUUCAAAACAAAACUUGGAGGAUCAUGAAAUUAUUUACAAUUGUAUAUACAUAGUAGAAGCAAAUAGUUGAUUAUACAACAACUAUACUGUAUUGGAAAUGAAAAACAUGGAGGGCAAGGAAGGAUAUAGGCAGCAGUAUGGUGUUGCUCUGUGAAUGUGCUGUGUGACAGUAGGGUGGGACAGGCUGGGCUUGGCUCGGCUCCUGGCAUUUGAUCAGCAAAAGUUGUUAAUAUAGAGGAACUCUUCUGAUGUACUGUCAAACAUUAAAAUUACUUCAAUGUGAUGUAUGUAGGUAAAUUUGAUUUAUAAACCCACCCAGUCAGAAUGUCAGAAACUAAAGACAGAAUGCUUAAAAUGGUACAGUAUGUGGUUAACCUGUUGCACAGCACAGGAACAUACUUGACCUUGAAUCCUGGAGUUCAGGAGAGGCUGACACAGGCGGUCUGGUGCUACACUUGGUGUUGACCUGUUUAAAUAUUACCAGAAUUUGCAGAUACAAAUACAAUCGGAUGCACAUGGCCUGUAAUUAAUUUGGUCUUCUGUUGCAAUGGAUUGUAUCUUGCAUCGUACAAUUGAAUGGUAUGUGUUAUGCAGGUUGGUAUCUAUUACUUUGGUUGUGUCUUAUGUCCAGCUAGACCUCUACAGCCCCACUCUUUAACACGCAUCCCAGGUGAGAGAUGUUGGCGCUUUAUUCUUUCUUUCAUUUUUUCCUUCUUUUUUUUCACUCUUCUCCCUUCAUCAUACUGCAUUUCAUGACAGAUCUUGGCAGUUAAAAUAUUGACCUGAGGCACAAAGGGUGCCUUUUUAUUAUUAUUACUAACAUGCUGUGAUUACCUUAUAUAGUCUACAUUUACAGAGCUUUAGUAUAUUUUUUGUAUUUUUGUACUAUAUUUAAAAAUGCUGUGUGGUCUGAUAAUCACUAGCAUUCAGUUAUUGUCAAUUUUAAUUCUGUUGUUGAUUAUUAAGAAGCUGGAAAUAGAUUCAUGGGAUACAAACUGAAGGCCCAUUGGGUAACCAUAGGGAGCAACAACCCAGUAAUGGAAUAGUACCAACAGUAGCAAACAUUACUAUGACCAAACCUACCCUGGAAGAUGCCUUUACCUGUACUGCUGGAGGGGGGGUCAGUGUGUUGAGCAAACCAGGUAGAUCCCAGUCUAGUUCAGUAACAGGUGAUAGCAGACUCUGGCACUGCUCUGUUUGACCACUGACAAUGGCUGCCACCAGGUUUUACAGUAUACAUAGGUAUGUUGCAUAAUAAGUUAAAAUAUAGUUCACGGAGCUCCUGUUAGGUUGAUAUUGACAACUUUAUUUAUGAGUGUGUAUGUUAUGCAUGUAUGUAUAUAUAUAUAUAUACAGUAUGUAUAUAUGUACGUAUAAGAAUGAUAUACACAUUCUGUUCUUUGAAUUUAAACUCCCACCUGUAUACUUAUACAUACAACCAUAUACAUUAAUGACAGACAUAUACCCUUGUAACACUAGAUCUGAGGCAUAAGUCGUGGCAUAAGUAAGUGGCAGCCAAGACAAGUGUCAAGUAUGUACUGCUUUAGUCAUCAGAUGCCUGCCUGCUGAGUGUCUUUGUCAUUUGACUCCCGCUCCUCUCUCUAGCGCGUAGCCAAAUAGAUUGUAAGUGCAUUUUGGUGCAGAUGGUGUUUUUUUUUUAUUAUCAUCAUUAUUAUUUUAUUAUAGUUAUUUAUUUCACCAAUUUCAGUGAAAGUUGCUAUAUUUCUUCAAUAAAAUAGGGUAAAAGAUGCAAAGAAGCUGCCAGAGAAUGUUUUGGGGCACAGGACAGCUGAUGCUUUCUCAUAACAUUUGAGUACUUAGUGACAGCAAGCUGUAGGAUGGGUGUGACCUCACACCAUUGGCUGAAACGGCUGUUUGUGAAAGGUAACCCUUAGUCCGACCACCCUUAACCCCUCUGGGCCGGGCAUGUCUACGCAGUGUGUCGAGCAACAUUGUCUUUCAUGAAGCAGACUUGCUUGACACAAUAAUUUACAGCUUUAUUAAGUCAUAUUCACAUUCCAUAGUUUUAUGGUGAGCAUAUGCUGUUUACCAGUAAGAUAUAAAGUGACUUGAAUACACUAAGUUUUUUUUUUCUUGAGUAUUACUGUAAAUGAUUCUUGCUUGGCCUUAAAAAUUUUUGUCUGUUCCUGAAAGGUAAUGUUUGCUGACAACUAAUAUGUAUGAAAUAACUAACCCAACUUUUGUCACCAUAUAGUCACAUUACACACACUAAUAAUGUUGAUGUUCAUGAUGAUACCUUUGAUGAUAAUAUAUGAAUUCAUGUAUCUUAUUUAUUGUUUCCAUAGUCAUUUGUGCUGGUAAUACAUAUUACUUUGAAGUGCGAAUAUAGAAAAAAAAGUAGAUAAAUUGCUUUUUAAUCAGAACGUGAUGACAUCGCCGAUAGUGUUCGUGGACAGUUUUCCAAUAAAGUUAAUUUUCCAUUUUAUUCUGAAAACUUAACAUUAUUGAAAGAUUCUUCUAUGUCUCAGAGUCGUCGAUCUUGUCACGUACUAUCCUGUACACUGAUGAGCUGACACCACAUGAAAUGGAAAAUGAAGUAGUCAUAGUGCAAAAACAUGCAAAAAUCCUUUUCAUAUAACAAGCAUGUAAACUCUCCGACUGACAGACUUAAGAUGACCACUAUCACUCUUCCACUGUUUAAAUCUAUACUUCCUGUAGUUUCUCUUUAGUGAAGUAGGAAUGUAGACUUUGACAAUUGACUUAACAAGCCAACUUUUUAAACAUUCUCCUUUGGUGACCUGAUCUGUGAAGAGCAGUAAUAUAUUGAUGUAAUUUAUAAGAAUUGUUGACUAAGUGAAGGUAAGUAUGCUGGAUGUUGCUGUAAAUGCCAGAUCAUGUUGCAUUAUUUCCCUUAAUUUCUCACUAGUCUCAGCUAACUGAAACGCUUGUUUUAACACAAGAGGAUCUCGUCAGCAAAUCCUCCGAGCGAUUUCAGGCACAGAUUUUAAGUUCACUUCAGUUUUCAGGUGUUCAGGGCUUCUGCUCUUGCUAGUUUAGAGAGACGUCUCACCCUGAAUAUGUACAGGCACCCUGAUGAGCACACCAAGCUAUGUUUUCUUUGGUUAGCCAUUGUGUAUAAGAAGUGAACUAAGUUUUCUUAUAUAUAUAUAUAUCCAUUAAAAUUGAUGUUCAGACUUUGUCUUUUAGUGAACCAUUAAUCACAUAAAAAAUACAAAAAAUAUUCACAGUUGUUUAUUCACCAAGUUUGGGUUGGUAGUGAUUUACAUUUGAGUGAUCAUUAAUAGAAUUGUAUUACCAUUAGCAUCAUUAUAUUCAAUGUGCUGAAUACUUGGCCCUCAAAUAGACAGUAUCCUUCACUAAAUUUUUUUUUAAAGUUAAUCGGUAAUUGCAUGAUAUUUAUUUAUUUUUUUAUUUAUUUUUUUCCAGCUUAGUAGCUUCCCCCAGUGUCGUUUGCAUGUUUUUGCCUCCUUUGUGUGACAAUAGGAGCAUGUGUACUGUACUUCAAUUUUAUGAAAUAACAAAAUUAUAUAAAGUCAUGGGAAAGUGGUAUCCUACAGAUGUAUUUUUUCUUGAGAUGUUGGAAGAAACUUCGAUAUACUCAUGUAUAGAUAAUUAUGAGCAGCAAGAUUUAUUUUAUUGUUACUAUGAAUGACAAUGAAACUCGUUGACCAUCAAGGCAGCUCGGAAUAAAAAAAAAUGGUUUGUAGUAUAUUCAUAAUGGUUUAUUUUGAUUUAUUGGAAAUGUUCCAUGGGCUUAGAUGCUUUGUAUGAGUUUGUUAUUGCUAUCCACUUUGUAAAUAAUAACUUUCUCUUCUCUGUACAUUUAUUCUGUAAACGUAAGUAACAGUGAAUAAAUUCAACGUACACCAA